AUGGCAGCACCAGAAGCAAUACAAGUCAGUUCGCUACCUCUGCCUCCAGUUCAGUACAUAAAUUUGUACACGGACGAAAAUGUUCGUCGAGGCAGAGCACCUCGACCACCGCCUCCGAUACAUGAUACUUAUUCAAUGUUUGGAAAUACAUUUAAUGCGGAUGAUACGAUUAUAAGACCUCUCGAAGCUCAAGGAAUUAAAAGGCUAUAUCCUCAACACUUUGAUCGACGAAGAGAAUUGAAGAAAUUGAACCAUUCCUUGCUUGUUAACUUUUUAGAUUUGAUAGAUUUACUUGUACAAUGUCCUGACAGUCCAAGACGUGCUGAAAAAGUGGAAGAUCUUAGUUUAUUAUUCAUUCACAUUCAUCAUUUGUUAAAUGAAUUCAGACCACAUCAAGCUAGAGAAACAUUACGCGUUAUGAUGGAAUUACAACGUAGACAACGUAUUGAAACUGCGCAUAGAUUUCAGAAGCACUUGGAAAAGGUACAGGAAAUUCUACAACACGCGUUACAAAUGCUACCCGACACUUCAGAACUGGAUUCAAAGCUAGCAAUAAACACAGAUGCAAUGGAAUCUGUUGAUCAUUUAGGUUCUGAACAACAUACACCUGAUCCGUGUAGUUCCAGUGAUCGCGUUAUGUGCAAAGUUAUAGACGAUAUGAUUGCAACAAAUGGACUAUUUUAAUUAAUAAAGUAUUUAUAUAUUGUCAA